CCCGGGUGACGACUGCCGGCAGCGCGGCGCCCUGAGGAGUCCGAGCCGCAGGCCCCCGGCGUCGCGGCCUCACGUGCGGCCCUCCUCGUCCUUGUCUCAACCUCGCUCGGCGCUGGGGACAUGGGCCCUCGCCGCCGCGGGCCCAGCAUCCCGCGCUGCCCGUAGGCCACGGUGGCCCGCCGGCUUGUCACCGCGCCUUUCCCCCAGUCGAGCCGUCCCCACCCCAGGUCCCCGGGAAGGAAGAUGAGGGAAACGGGCCCGGCGAUCGGCAGCCAGAGCAGCAGCAGCAGCAGCAGCAGCAGCGGUCUGGGGAGGGUGUUUCGCCGUUUCCUCUCAGCCGCCAGGACAAGAUGGCAGCGGCCGCCGAGAGGGGCUGAGCCCCGGCUGGGUGGCGCCGCCUGCUGAAGCGCUUGGCUCCGGGUCCCCGCACGGCCCUCCGCGACCCAUCCCGGACAUGCUCAGGGCUGCGGCCGCCCGAAGCGGGGAGAGCGCGGGCCUCUAGGAAGGUAUGGCCUCACAAGUCUUGGUCUACCCACCAUAUGUUUAUCAAACUCAGUCAAGUGCCUUCUGUAGUGUGAAGAAACUCAAAGUAGAGCCAAGCAGUUGUGUUUUCCAGGAGAGAAACUAUCCACAGACCUAUGUGAAUGGUAGAAACUUUGGAAACUCUCAUCCUUCCACGAAGGGUAGUGCUUUUCAGACAAAGAUACCAUUUACUAGACCUCGAGGACACAGCUUUUCAUUGCAGGCAGGAGCCGUUGUUGUCAAAGACACUGCCGGUGCUACAAAGGUCAUAGCUCAAGCGCAGCAAGCUGGAGUAGAGACACCUCGGACCGUGGUCUGGAGAAACAGGUUACAUUUCCUAGAAGGUCCCCAGCGAUGUGGAUUGAAGCGCAAGAGUGAGGAGUUGGAUAAUCACAGCGGCGCAAUGCAGAUUGUCGAUGAGCUGUCCAUACUUCCUGCAAUGUUGCAAACCAACAUGGGAAAUCCAGUGACAGUUGUGACGACGACUACCGGAUCGAAACAGAACUGUACCAGCGGAGAAGGCGAUUAUCAGUUAGUACAGCAUGAAGUCUUAUGCUCCAUGAAGAACACAUAUGAAGUCCUUGAUUUUCUUGGUCGUGGCACUUUUGGCCAGGUUGUUAAAUGCUGGAAGAGAGGGACAAAUGAAAUUGUAGCAAUCAAAAUUUUGAAGAACCACCCUUCUUACGCACGCCAAGGGCAGAUAGAAGUGAGCAUAUUAGCAAGACUCAGUACUGAGAACGCUGAUGAGUACAACUUCGUGCGGGCCUACGAGUGCUUCCAGCACCGCAGCCAUACCUGCCUGGUCUUUGAGAUGCUGGAACAAAACCUGUACGACUUUCUGAAGCAGAAUAAAUUCAGUCCCCUACCCCUGAAGGUGAUCCGACCUGUUCUUCAGCAAGUUGCUACUGCACUGAAGAAGUUAAAAAGUCUUGGUUUAAUUCAUGCUGACCUCAAACCAGAGAAUAUUAUGUUGGUGGAUCCUGUUCGACAGCCAUACAGGGUUAAAGUGAUAGACUUUGGGUCGGCCAGCCAUGUAUCAAAGACUGUUUGUUCAACGUAUCUACAAUCUCGGUACUACAGAGCUCCAGAGAUUAUAUUGGGUUUGCCAUUUUGUGAAGCCAUAGACAUGUGGUCAUUGGGAUGUGUGAUUGCAGAACUAUUCCUUGGAUGGCCACUCUACCCAGGAGCCUUGGAGUAUGAUCAGAUUCGAUACAUUUCUCAGACUCAAGGUUUACCAGGAGAACAAUUGUUAAAUGUGGGUACAAAAUCCACAAGAUUUUUUUGCAGAGAAACAGAUAUGUCUCAUUCUGGUUGGAGAUUAAAGACACUGGAAGAGCAUGAGGCAGAGACAGGAAUGAAGUCUAAAGAAGCCAGAAAGUACAUAUUCAACAGUCUGGACGAUAUAGUGCACGUGAACACAGUGAUGGAUUUGGAAGGAAGUGAUCUUUUGGCUGAGAAAGCUGAUAGAAGAGAAUUUGUUAGUCUGUUGAAAAAAAUGUUGCUAAUUGAUGCAGACUUAAGAAUUACUCCGAUUGAGACGCUGAACCACCCAUUCGUUAAUAUGAAGCAUCUUCUAGAUUUCCCUCACAGCAACCAUGUGAAGUCCUGCUUUCAUAUAAUGGAUAUUUGUAAGUCCCACCCAAAUUCAUGUGAAACAAGUACCCACAGUAAAAUGUCGCUCUUACGGCCGGUCGCAUCAAAUGGCACUGCUGCUCUCACGGCAAACCUUACUAAAAUUGGGACAUUAAGAAGCCAGUUCCCAGGUAUUCCUGCAGCGCAUGGUAAACCCACCAGUUACUCCAUAAGGGUAGACAAUACAGUUCCACUUGUAACUCAGGCCCCUGCUGUACAGCCACUGCAGAUCCGACCUGGAGUUCUUUCACAGACGUGGUCUGGCAGAACACAGCAGAUGCUGAUACCUGCCUGGCAGCAGGUAACACCCAUGGCUCCUGCCGCUGCAACACUAACUUCGGAAGGCAUGGCUGGUUCACAGAGGCUUGGAGACUGGGGGAAAAUGAUUCCACAUAGCAGUCAUUACAACUCGGUGAUGCCACAGCCUCUUCUGACCAAUCAGAUAACAUUAUCAGCCCCUCAGCCUAUCAGCGUGGGCAUUGCACAUGUUGUCUGGCCUCAGCCUGCCACUACCAAGAAAACUAAGCUGUGCCAGAACAGAGGUAUUUUGGUAAAACUAAUGGAAUGGGAGCCAGGAAGAGAGGAAAUAAAUGCUUUCAGUUGGAGUAAUUCAUUGCAGAAUACCAAUAUCCCACAUUCAACAUUUAUUUCCCCAAAGAUAAUCAGUGGGAAAGAUGUUGAGGAAGUAAGUUGUGUAGAAACACAAGACAAUCAUACCUCAGAAGGAGAGGCACGAAACAGCCAGGAAGCAUCUGUCAGACAGGACUCUGCGGUUUCAGAUAAACAGCGGCAAACCAUCAUCAUUGCCGACUCCCCAAGUCCUGCCGUGAGUGUGAUCACCAUUAGCAGUGACACUGAUGACGAAGAGACCUCACCCAGACAUUCACUCCGAGAGUGUAAAGGUAGUCUAGAUUGUGAAGCUUGCCAAAGCACUUUGAAUAUUGACCGGAUGUGUUCACUCAGCAGUCCUGAUAGCACUCUGAGCACCAGCUCCUCUGGGCAGUCCAGCCCAUCCCCUUGCAAGAGACCGAACAGUAUGUCAGAUGAUGAACAAGAAAGUGGGUGUGAGACUGUGGAUGGCUCUCCAACAUCAGACUCCUCGGGGCAUGACAGUCCAUUUGCAGAGAGCAGCUUUGUGGAGGACACUCAUCAAAGCACAGAGCUGGGGACUGGUGCUGGCACAGAAGCCAAGCCAGCUGUGGGCACUGCUGUGGAGCCCCCAGUGGGAAUAGAAAGUGGACUGAAUGUCGAUGAGCACAUGACAAACACAGAUUCUACAUGCCAGCCAUUAAUAAAAGGACAGCCUGCCCCCGGAAAGCUGAACCAGCCUUCUGCCUCGGGUGCUCGUCAGCAAAAGCCCACAUCAGCAUUCCAGCAGCCGCAUUUGAACUUCAGCCAGGUUCAGCACUUCGGAGCCGGACAUCAAGAGUGGAGUGGAAACUUCGGGCAUCGAAGACAGCAAGCGUAUAUUCCUACUAGUGUCACUAGUAAUCCUUUCACUCUUUCCCACGGAAGUCCUAACCACACAGCAGUACAUGCCCACCUGGCUGGAAGCUCACACCUCGGAGGACAGCCUGCUCUGCUUCCAUACCCGUCCUCAGCUACCCUCAGUAGUGCUGCCCCAGUGGCCCACCUCUUAGCCUCUCCGUGUACCUCAAGACCUAUGUUACAGCAUCCAACUUAUAAUAUCUCCCAUCCCAGUGGCAUAGUUCACCAAGUCCCAGUGGGCAUAAAUCCCCGUCUGUUACCAUCCCCAACCAUUCAUCAGACUCAGUACAAACCAAUCUUCCCUCCACAUCCUUACAUUGCAGCAUCACCUGCAUAUACUGGAUUUCCAUUGAGUCCAACAAAACUCAGCCAGUAUCCAUAUAUGUGAAACUCAAAACAGUAUAUUGAGGAAGCUCAAUGAUACAAACGUUUGAUUAAAAAUAAAAACAUGGUAUUUAAUAAAUAUUAGCCAUGGCACAAGAAAAUUAUUUUUGAAUCAUGUAGACUUGGGUGCAAUUUAAACAACUUUGAGCUUUAAAAAAACUCUCACUUUUAAUGUGUUUUGCACAUUUGGUAUAACUUGUCUUUGGUCAUGUAUCUUCUUACGUAGUAACUCUAGACAGGUGACUUAUGGGAGCGGAAGUCCAGUUUUGCUCCUGCUAUUUUUUAUAAAAUUGCCUUCUAACUAGUGCAAGACACGUCCAUAUUUGGGAAGCCAUUCUGUGUCUAGACUUUAGAGCAACAGAUGCACAUGUGUCAGAAUUACAGCAUCUGAGUGAAUUGUACUGUCUGUGUCUUAGUGUGUACACGUUGGGGCACUUAACCUAAGCAAUUGAGCUAUUGUUCUCUACAUUUGCAUGUGUCUUUUGCAUGGGCAAAACAUUGCCUAGACUUGGCUCUUAAUGUUGUUCUAAUAAUCUCAGCUGCAUUGUAAACCGUUCCCACACAUAGUGCCUUAAAUAUUUGAGGUUGUUCAAGUUAUACCUAUCUGUAAAUGUUGAGGACUGCAGCACUUAAAAUUCAGACCUACUCUUCAGUUUUCUUUCAGUAGAGUAAUGUUCUUUUUGGCUUCGUGUGGUAUGAUUUCAGAUAGUAGCUGCUUUUUCCUUAGUAAGAGGGCAGCAUGUUUGCUAGAGCUGAAUUCUGCUGUCUGAUUUUUUUCAGAAUGAUCUAGCUUCAAGAAAAGCAAGCAGUUAGUAGUGCUUAAGCAAACUUGAUUCAGUAACUAAUGGGUAGUCGAUGUCUGUCACAGCACAGCAUUUUAUAUACUAGUAACUGACACUGCAAUACAACCUACGUUUAUUUUGGGAGUGUUUGCUGUAUAAUUGGACUUCAUAAAAUGUUUAGAAGUGCAGUAGGCAUGACUUGAGUAGAUAAUGAAAGAAAAUGCAAAAUGCUCAUUGAUUCAUGAUGUGGUUUCAUCCUAGCUUGGGCAGACCAUGCAGUAUUUAAUACAUAGUAGCAGAAUAUUUACUAUUGAAGCUUGAAAAGAUGUGAGUUCUUUGUGUGCAAUUUUUCAUUUAUGCAUGUGAGAAGGUUUUUGGUUUUGGUUAUUUUAAGUAUUUUUACAUUGUAGUACUCGUUUUUGCUUGUUGGUGGUGUUUGCUUAUUUAAUACAUUCCGUCAGGGACAGAAAUUACAUGCUUUUUCUCUUAGGAAGUGUGUAUUGGGUUUUUCCCUCCCCCCUCCCCUUGGUGGUGAUGGUGGUGAUGUUUAAAUGAAGUUGCUUUUACAGCACCAAAGACUUAAUCAUCCAUUUCUUAUAUAAAAGGUAGCUACUUUUUGCAUAGACCUCAAGUAUAUUGUAGUGUAGAGGUGGAAUUUAAGGAAAGGUAUUAAACCAAGGCUGUGUUUUAGCUUCCAGGCAAGUAAUAAAUUGUAUCAUUUAUCUUGAAUGUAUCAUAGAUAAGCUGCUAUAUAACGAUUGCCACUUCAGAUAGCUGUGAAAUUAGGUGAUUAACUAGUUGUUAUUUAGCCUUCUAAUUUCUGUAUAAGUCUAAUUACACGAGAUAGAAGCUGGGGUUUUGAUUUUUUGACUUUGCUUUUCUGUUUGGAGUGUCAUUGUAACUACUGUAUUGUAAAUGAUGGAAACAAUUGCCUAUGUUAUUUUGGGGUGUGUUAUUUGCAUCAGUAUUUUAUCUCUAUUAAUGUUUGUGCUCAUCACUGCAUAUAAAAACUUGGAUGUAUCAAUGUAACUUAAUUUUUUUAUUUUCAUACUGGCAUUGUAGACACUUGAGAAGGCUGUAUCUUGCAGGCUUGACUUAACUUUUUUUCCUUAAAAGUCUGGAAUAUAAACUUACAGCAUUUACUGGAAUAAACAGUACAAAACAUUUGAGUGUAAAACUCCAAAUGUUUUGGACUGACACUAUUUCUUUACUAAGCAAGUUGCAUACCACAAGUACAGCUCUAGUGCAGUGCUGACUAUAAGCUAAUGAUACAUUUUUCUUUACUCCAUUGACAUAAGCAGUGUUUUAUUUAAUAAUCAUCUAAGACAUAAACGUGCCUGAAGCUGAUUUUAAAAAUUACAGUAUUAGAUCAUAAAGAAAAACCAGCAGCACAUUUUUAGUCACUGAAAAUGAAGGACUUGAUUCCCCCACAGGUUUCAGUGUUUUUAGUAAUUGACUCUAUGCAUUUUAUACACAUAGAAAUGUAUAUAACACACAUCACAAGUGGGGUAGACUGAGACUAACUGGGACUGCCUACAGAUGACACAUUUGUGGGCUCGUUAAGUAGCUGCUGCUCUCCUCACUUGAGCGUGGCCCAGCGAGUUCCUGCUGUCUACUCACACUUUAGAAAAGCAUUAGUGCUGGUGACGGCUGUUCCAGGAACACCGAGUACAAAGAUUGAUUGUCACAACAGGCACAGAAGUGGCCCGUAAGCUGUGCUUACUGCCCAGAAAUGAUGCAUUUUCUGUCUUUAAGUUCAUGACUAGAGCAGCCUUGUUUAGUUCACAGCAAGUGGUAACAGUCGGCAUUUUCAUACCACAGUAAUGCUUUUUAAAGGCAUGUCUCUUAAUUAACUGCAAUCAUGAGCUUUUUAACAUGUUUCAAAAUUUAAAACUUCAGAAUCCCCCUGAAGUCCAAUUUUAGCAUAGUGGCAGAAGAAUCUGGAUUUUAUCCUUUUAAAACUAUUUUAAUAGUUUUACUUUAAUGUUUUCUUAAAUAAAACACUGCAUGAUUUCCAAGUUGCAUAUUUGUGUGCUAAUUUGCAAGUGAAUUUUUAAUCAAUUAUUUUGAUAUUUAGUUUUUUUUCUUCAGGGUAUUAAUAUGUUACUCUGUUAUCAAAACCUUUCAUUUUAAUACCUCUACUGCUAAUUUUAAACUUGGCUUGUGUUCUGUAAAAGUUACAUCAUACACUGCAAGGUGUAGGAAGAUUCAUUUUAAUGAUACCCUUAUAGAUCCAAUGACUUAGUUUGAACUGUUAACUGUUGAGCAGUUUUACUCUUGUGGCUUUUCUCUUUGGUUUGUUUUUGCUUUUACUUCUAUGCUACACUAGUUUGCCAUGUAGCAAUUGCACUGUGCAAUAUUACAAUAAGGACUGGGAAAAUUUUUAUGGAUGUAAUGUCUAUUACAGUUUGCGAUAGUAUUUCUCUCUAGUUCUCAGUGAUUUAAAUGUGACCAAGCCUUCUGUACUUUGUCACAAAAAGCGGGUUUUCCAGGUGACUAUUUUGGUGAGUGUCAAAAUAAGAAUUUAUGGUGUAUUACUGUUGAUUCACUUUGAAUUAAAAUAUAUAUAUUGCAGCAAACA